CCUCCCCCGCCCCGCCCCGGCCCCUCCUCCUUCUCCCCUCCCUGGGCAUCCUCGGUCACUUCCUGAUUCCCGCUUCCUGCUUCCCAGAGUCGGGGAUCCCGAGCCGUCCGCGUCCGCGCCGCUGGCCCGCUGACAUGUCAUUCCGAAAGGUGGUCAGACAGAGCAAGUUCCGGCAUGUCUUCGGGCAGCCCGUCAAGAAUGACCAGUGCUACGAGGACAUCCGGGUGUCCCGAGUCACCUGGGACAGCACCUUCUGCGCUGUCAACCCCAAAUUCCUGGCCAUCAUCGUGGAGGCCAGCGGUGGGGGCGCCUUCAUGGUGCUGCCCCUGAGCAAGACGGGGCGCAUCGACAAGUCGUACCCCACGGUCUGCGGGCACACCGGGCCCGUCCUAGACAUCGACUGGUGUCCACACAACGAUGAGGUCAUCGCCAGCGGCUCCGAAGACUGCACGGUCAUGGUCUGGCAGAUCCCCGAGAACGGCCUGGUGACGCCCCUGACGGAGCCCGUGGUGGUCCUCGAGGGUCACUCCAAGAGAGUGGGCAUUGUGACCUGGCACCCGACGGCCCGCAACGUCCUCCUCAGCGCAGGCUGCGACAACGUGGUGCUCAUCUGGAACGUGGGCACGGCCGAGGAGCUGUACCGCCUGGCCGACCAGCACCCCGACCUCAUCUACAACAUCUGCUGGAACCGCAACGGGAGCCUCUUCUGCUCCGCGUGCAAGGACAAGAGCGUGCGCAUCAUCGACCCUCGCCGCGGCACCCUCGUGGCGGAGCGGGAGAAGGCCCACGAGGGAGCCCGGCCCAUGCGGGCCAUUUUCCUGGCCGACGGCAAAGUGUUCACCACGGGCUUCAGUCGGAUGAGCGAGCGGCAGCUGGCGCUCUGGGACCCGGACAACCUGGAGGAGCCCAUGGCGCUGCAGGAGCUGGACUCGAGCAACGGGGCUCUGCUGCCCUUCUACGACCCCGACACCGGCGUCAUCUACGUCUGCGGCAAGGGGGACUCCAGCAUUCGCUACUUCGAGAUCACGGCGGAGCCCCCCUACAUCCACUUCCUGAACACCUUCACCAGCAAGGAGCCCCAGCGCGGCAUGGGGCGCAUGCCCAAGAGAGGCCUGGAAGUGAGCAAGUGCGAGAUCGCCCGCUUCUACAAGCUCCACGAGCGGAAGUGUGAGCCCAUCAUCAUGACGGUGCCCAGAAAGUCAGACCUGUUCCAGGACGACCUGUACCCGGACACGGCGGGGCCCGAGGCCGCCCUGGAGGCCGAGGAGUGGGUGAGCGGCCGCGACGCCGAGCCGCUGCUCAUCUCCCUGCGCGAAGCCUACGUGCCCAGCAAGCAGCGGGACCUCAAGGUCAGCCGGAAGAACGUCCUGGACAGCCGGGCGGCCGCGGCCUCGGCGCCCCCUCGGGCCGGAGCCUCCACGGCCGCCCCCCCCACCGCGCCGGUCAGCUCCCCGGGCGGCAGCGCGAGCAGCGGAGGCCUGGCCGGGGCCGGGGCCAGCGCCGGGGCCGGGGACUCUGGGAAGCUGGAAGAGGUCACCCGGGAGCUGCGGCUGCUCCGGACCCUGGUGAAGGAGCAGGGCGAGCGCAUCGCCCGCCUGGAGGAGCAGCUGGGCCGCAUGGAGAACGGCGACGUGUAGGCCCGGGUCCGAGCGCCAGAGCGCACCGGGCCGGCCGGGUCCUCUCCUGCCCCGGACGCGGGGCCAGCCGGGGCUCGAGCCGCCACAGCCCUCCGCGGCCGGCCGGGAGCAGGAAGCUUUUAUACUUGUACGAGAAUGAAUUUUUAUACUCCCCCCCCCGCGCGCCCCCCCCUCGGCUCCCCGCUGGAAGCUGGGCGGCCGCCUCUGUUUUCAUUCCUAAUAAAAACUUCUAAGAACGUG